AUGGGCAUCCACUCCAUCUUGCGCCAGGCGCGCGCGCAGGGCUGGCGGGACGACACGGUCGAGUACGCCAUUUUCCCCGACCCCGGCUCCUUCGAGCUGCCGCCCCUCACGCCGGGUCAGGCGGCGGAGAGCGACGAGGCGGUUCGGCGCGGGCUGGAGGCGCUGCGCGUGGCGUGCCUCGACAUCGCGGCGAGGCACGCGGGCCACAUGCGGUGGAACCGCGACCCCUUCCAGCUCUGGCCCGCGCCGCCCCUCGCGCGAGACGCGGCGGAGCAGGCGGUGCGCGGCGAUGAGGGGAAGGGGGAGGAGGAUCCGCCGUUCCGAUGGCGCGACAGGGACGACGGCGUGGCUUGGGGUCUGCAGGAUGACGACGAGGAGGGGGACGAGGGGGAGGGGGAUGAGGGGGAGAGGGCGGACAGUGCAGGAGGAGCGGAUAAGCGCGCGGGGGAGCGGGGGCAGGGGGGCGUGCCGGCGCACCUGUACGGGCGCACGCAGUACGGCGCGAGUGUGGAGGACGAGUGGGUGGUGGCGUGGCUGCUGCUGCGCAUCUCCGCCUGCCUGCCCUUCCUCUCCAUCCGAGUGCGCGACGGCGAUGGGGACUUUGUGCUCAUCGAGGCGGCCACGGCGCUGCCCAAGUGGGUGGCGCCCUCCUGUGCGCGCAACCGCCUCCUGCUGCGCCAGGGUCGCCUGCAUCUGGUGCAUCCGCGUCUGCGCCGCCCGCCCUACCGCCCAGCAGCGCUGCACAGCGCACUGGCCGCCGUGCGCAGUGCCCACGAGCCCACAGAAGCUUCUGAGAAGAUUCACCGUGCCGUGAUGAGCCGCCUGGAAGGGCUCCCAGGCUCGGCGCUGGCAGCCGUGCACACCGCCAGGUGUCGCCUUCCCAUUCGCGCAGCACAGGCAGUGCAGCAGGACCCCUACCUGGCCACCCUGGCAGCCCACGCCUUCCUCAACAGAGACCAUGCCGCCUCCUCCCCCUCCCACACACCCUCUCCCUCCCGCCACCCCUCGGCCCCCCUCCCCCUCUUCCUCCCCCACACCUCCUGCCCCUGCGCCCUCGCAGCAUCCCGCCCCCCCGCCCCCCACACCACAUCCGCCAGCGCCCCCCCCAUUGCUCCCCCCCCUGCGCCCUCUCCCCCGCCCUGUGUGGCGGUGGUGGACGUGAUGGUGGGGCUCCCCCGCGCCUGCUACGCGCAGCUCGCGCUGCUGCCCUUCUCCCCCCCGCGCGCCUUCCCCCUGCCCUUCCCCUCCGACCCCCUCUACUCCGCCGCCCUGCUGGGCUGCAAGCUCGCCCUCGGCCUGCACCUGCUCGUGCAAGAGGGGGGCGGGGGGGGCGGGGGGAGGGGCAAGAGCAAGGGGGGGGGUGAGGGGAAAGGGGAGAGGGAGAGCUUGAGAGGGGAAGGUAGGGAAGGGGGUGUGGAGGGAGCAGGGGAGAGCAGGGAAGUGCAGGUGUGCGAGUGUGAUAAGGUGGUGGUGCCGGCAGGGAUGGCAGGGGGUGAGGGCGAUGGAGCGGGCGGUGGGGGCAGAGGGAGGGCAGAGCUGUGCGAGUGGGGCAACCUGCUGCCGUGGCUCUCACACGCAGGGCUCUUCCACCCCCCCCACCCGCCCUCUGCUCCCUCCAACCCUGCCGCUGCUGCUGCUGGGGCUGCUGUGGGGGGCGAAGAGCAGGGGGCGAGUGGGGCAGUGGGGGAGGAGCGGAGAAGGGCAAUAGAGAAGGAGAUGGAGAAGCGGUUCAAAGUGGUGCAGCGGUUUGCACAGCUCAGCGCCACAGCGGCUGAUCCAGCGGCGCGCAUCUACUCUGUGCUGGCGGGGCAGCCCGCCUUGCACCCCUCGGCCUUCCCGCGGGCAGCCCUGCGAGUCGAUGACAGCGAGCGGUGGAUGAGCGAGGCCGUGCACGCCAUGGAGGCGCGCCUGGGCCAACAGCAGGCGGGGGGGCAGGGGGGGGGCAGGCGCAAGGGGGGGCGUGAAAGGGAGGGAGCUGGGGCUGGAGGGAAGGGGAGGGACGGGAAGAGUGGCAAGGCGGGGAGGAGGGAGGGAGAGGAGGUGCAGGGAGAGGAGGAGGUGGGGGAGGAGGAGGCGGGGAAAUUGCUGGAGCGGCUGAAGCGAUUCAUGUCCGGCGUGUCUGGGCUUGAGGGCGUGGAGGCGGAGGGGGAUGGCGCUGGCAUUUAUGGGGGCGAGAGUGGGAGCUGGGGGAGCGGUGAGGAGGAGGAAAGUGGUGGUGGGGAGGGGAAUGAAGGGGAGGAGAGUGGUGGGAUUGAUGAGGAGGGGCAAGAAGAGAGGGAGGAAGUGCAGCGGGUGAGUGUGAAGGGUGGUGUGGGAUUGCAGGAAGAGGAGGAGGAGGGGGAGGAGGAUGGCGGGGAGGUGGUGAUGGGGCGGGAGAAGCUGAGGGAGUUUGAGAGGUUUAUGGAGGAGUUGGAGGGGGUGAUGGAGCGGUACAGUGAGGAGGAGGUGAAGGGGUUCCGAGGCGAUGGCAGCUCGGAGGGCGAGGAGGACGACAACAGCGAGUCCGCCUUCUUCUCAGAGCCGGGCAGUGACAGCGACUGGGAGGAUGUCAGUGACGCGGGCAGCCAGGGGGGCGAGGGCGAGGAGCAGGAGGAGGAGGAGGGCGAGAGCAAGGGGCCUAUCUCGGGGCCAUUGGUGCUGGGCGGUGGUGGCAGCGGCGGUGGAGGUGCAGGCAGGGGUGCAGGCCGGGGUGAGAGUGGGCCGGGUGAGGGCAGUGGGGCGGCAGGCAGGGGGGGCGCGGCAACAGGCCUGCACCGGGGCUUCUUUGGCGGAGGCGCGGGGCAGCGGGGGACGCAGAGUGGGGAGGCGAGGAGGGGGGAGGAAGGGGAGAUGAAGAGAAGAGAUAAGGGCAAGGGGAAAGUGGUGGAGGAGGAGGAGAGGGAAGGGAGAAUAGGAAGUGGGAAGCGAGGGGUGGGGGAAGGCAGCAGCAGGGGAGGGGGUGGGGGAAGGGGGGCGGGAGAGGAGGACUUCUAUUCACUCUACUCCAAGGCCAUGGCCGCCCAGCUCGCCCCCACCCAUGUGCCCUCCUCCUCGCUGCCCCUGCCGCCGCACACCCAGCGCCCCAAGGGCAACAGCAGAGCAGGCCGGGCAGGGGCGGGUGCAGCAGCAGCAGGAGAGGGGAAGGAAGCGGAGGAAGGGGAGGAGGCACGGCGGGUGGUGGGCAGUCUACAGAUGGCGGCGCGCCUUCAGGGGGGGCUGCCGGGGCCUGCUGCACUGCUGCUGGACGCCGUGAGGGGGGACGCAGGGGUGAAGCGGGGCAGAGGGGGGAAGGGGAAGGCUAGAGGUAAAGGGAGGAGAUGA